AGCAUUAAAAGGAAAACGAUCGAUAUAGUCGGUGUGGUGUAUGGGUUUUACCUGGAAUUGUAAACAAUGUUGUUGCUUGGCGAAAUAUACAAAGAGUUGUGAAAGAAAAACGUUAAUAAUUCCAUAAAAAUGAGUGAAACCAGCGAAAUAUCAAACAGUGAAGAUGAAAGACCACAUUCCUUAGAUAAAACAAUAAAAAUCCCGACUGUGGAAACCUCAGAAGAUGAAGAAAAUAUAGCAUCUUUUAGGCAAAAGAUUUCCUCUUCUGAAGCUAGUGAUGAAGAAGUAAUUCACGAUUUUUUAGGCAGCUCCAGCUCUGCUGGUCGUCCUUUGCAUCUGUUGAAACGAGCAAGAAGACAAGCUCGUGAAUUUGAUAAAAAAGGAGAGCACGAACUAGCCGUGAAAGAGCGAGUGAGAAGUCUUGCUUAUUGCAGACUUGUUCAUGGGAAUGGUCAUUGGCAAUUGGCGAAAGCAUAUGGUAAGCUUGGAGAAGCUUACUUGAAACGGAAGGGGUUUGCUCAGCAAGCUUUACUUCAUGGAACGAGAGGCAGAGAUGAGCUACUUCAAGGUGAAGCAGAGGAAUAUCGUAGCACAAGGUUGUCUCAUAGCAAUGAGGUCUUGGCUGUCAUGGAACUUGUCUACUACGUUAUGGGCAGAGCGAAUUUUCUCAUGAAGGAAUUCAAGAAAGCUGAACAAGCUUUUAAAAAGGCUGAAAUAUCAGCAAAGGAGAAAUUGAAGUUUGAAGAUGGCAAAAUGUCAUCAAUGUAUGUGAAGAUUAUGGAUUGUUUGGGCCAGGUUUCAGUGAAACUGAAAAAGUUUGAGGCUGCAUUUGAGUAUUAUGAAAAAGCUCUGAAACAAGGAGGAAAGAUUUAUGGUAAAAGUGGGAAAGAAAUGAUUCCCCUUUAUCAAGGUUCUGCAAGAGCUUACAAGCAAGGCGAGAACUCCAGAAAAGCUAUCGAGAUGAUUGAAAAGUGUCUCCAAAUCGCAGAGAAGAAUUUUGAUGCAGAUACCAUUGAACUGGCAGAUGUGAUGUACUGUACAACUAUUGAUAUGCAGGGUAUUGAGGGAUAUGAUAGUAUACACAGCCAGAAUCGCUUAGAGCAAUGUUUGAAGAUAUACCAGGAUACAUAUGGUUCAGACAAUAAGAAAACAAUCCAGGCUCAGGAGGCACUAAGUUCUGUAUACAUUCGUGUGGGUGAACACGACAAAGCUGCUGGUAUUAUCCGUGACGUCAUCACCAGUAAAAUGAUGGUGUAUGGUGAUCCCAGUCUUAGCUUGGCUGAAUCAUACCAAUUGCUUGGUACCAUCAGAUUGAGCCAAGGGAAGACAGACAAGGCUUUGAAACAUUUUGGUAAAUGUCAAUCAAUGCUUUCUCUAGUCCUUGGAAAGAACCACAAGAAGACCAUCCAAGUUACUGAGACACUCAAUAUGAUCAAGAAAACACCAGGAGCUGUGAAAUUUCAAUCUCCAGCUGAGAAACUAAAGGAAAGGCCAAGAUUUAAUGGAACUGUUGGUCGGUCUAGUCUCCUAGGAUCAAGCACAACGUCAAACUAUUGAGUUUGUGUUUAAGACAUCUCUAUUAUUACUAUAGAUAUCCUAUUUAUUAUAAGGAAUGUACAGAUAGUCUUAUGUGUGGAAUAAAACGUGGACUUAUUUCAGUA